AUGCCGAUCACUUGCCGAAUCUGCGGAGCCACCAACAAUCACUUGACUGUGCACUGCCCUGACCGCCCAGAUCGCGACAGCAGUGAAGCGAAGCAACAGCAGAAAGCGCCUUCCAAGGCAAGUGGAAACAAUGGAAAGAAUGGACGCUCAAGCGGAUAUGGCACAGGCGUCGGUGAAAAGGUGGGAGACAGGUGUCAGCAACUUGCACAGCAGGCGGCUGACCAAGACAGCAAGCCAUGGAUCAGACAUAAGUGCGCGGGCAACGAAGCUGCAACACGGAGGUUCAUGCGAAUAAGGCCGUCGGCUGUGAACUUUAGCCAGUUUGGCCAUCUUUACACCUUUCGAGAAAAGAAAGAAAAGAGCUGCAAAAAAAAUGUUAAGGGACUACAAGCUGAGUGGACCCAAAUGGCGGCACGGCGAGACCUGUCAAUUGCAGAUCUUGAGGAUGGCCUUGAGCAGCUUUCUGCUCGACACGGCGUUCAGGAGGGAAAGUGGUUGUUUUUCCUGCCGUGUGAGGACAUGGACAGGGUCUGGCCAGAGCUCGUCUGGGCACUUAGUAUGGAGGCCCUGGGAGAGGCUGUUGCUAUGAAAGUUGGACGUGAAGAUACCCAGGACACACACCUCUGUUGCGUUUACAUGGAGAAUUGCUUUGAUCCUGGGGAGGCAGAGAGUGUCCGAAGCAGCUUGCAAGCUUUGCUAAGCGGCCUUGUCACAAAAGUAGUGGACCUGUACUUGAAGCCAGAUUCUUAUUCUUACUGCCAGAUCUACAGAGGGAACCGUUGGAAACUCUCACCAACCUUGGCCACAUGCAAGGUGCAUCGUUUUAAAGGCACGACGUUGCAAGCUCUAACUCUCCAAGAUCCUUUCCAGCAUGACCUGCGGCGACUUGCACCCCUUCUGGAGCAGAAUGUGGAAGCUGCUCUUCUGCUCCUUGAUAAUGCUGAUUCCCGAGGUGCGAUGCUGGAGUCGCUCCAUGCUGUUGCCUUGCAUCCCCAUGCCGGUGAGCUCCCCAUAAUCAAGAUGUGUGCCACACUGAAAGAGACCAGACAUAUCAAGGGCAUUUUGGCCCGGGUUGGGCACAUGAUGCGGGGCCUCGUGGAUAAAGAUGCAGCCUUUAUUUUGGGAUUUGGCAGCCGGGUGUUUGCCCAUUCUGAGUUCAUGCGCAUGCACUUGGCAAAUGUUCGUCUGUUGGGCGACCUCUUCGUGCAUGAAAUCAUUCCAGAAAAAGAUGUACGCUAUCUGGUUCUACAACUGGAGGCAGAAAGGUUAACGCUCCCUUCUCCCUCGACUUGGGCAUUUGUGCUGCAGAACCUUCGAAGCAUGGCUCAGGGACUGACUGAGGCAAAGCCACGUCUCAGCCGAUGGCUUGGUUCCAUUGUGCGCGGGUACAAGGUCAGCUCGCAAGAGCGGCUCAGAAUUCUCACCCUCAAUGUGUGGUUCGAUGAGGAGCAACGAGAACUUCGCACUGCUAUACUCCUCUCAGCUUUGCAGCAACUUGGCCCAGCAAUUUUCUGCUUCCAGGAGGUGACCGAAAAGGUAGCAGUAGACAUCCAACGUGCGUUUCCCACUUGGUCCUCUUCGGAUCCUGGAGACGGGUCUUCAGUUGGGCACUAUGGCGUGAUGAUUCUUAGUUGCGAGGCAGUUUCCGGCGAUAGGAUGGUGGCUCCGCCAAAUCUAAAUGUUUAUUUUUCACGCCACUACUUACCGACGCAGAUGGGGCGUGAGUUGCUCAUAGCAGAAUUGCAUGGACUUGCGGUUGGCACAGUACACUUGGAAUCGCUGGACAACCAAGCGCAGCGAGAACGACAGCUUGCUGCUUGUGCUGAGGUCAUGCAGCAGUGGCCUGAUGUGCUCUUGGCGGGCGACUUCAACAUUUUCCAAGAGUUUGUUGCUCAGCGCUGCUUGCAACAGCACCUGCCUGACUUCAAAGAUCUUUGGCCGACCUUGCGGAAGGAGCCCGGACACACCUGGCGCUCCCAUGGACAAAACAAGGGUAAGAAUAGGAUGGACCGAGUCCUGGCGAAGCUAUCGAGUUGGCAGGCCGUAGAUGUGGAGCUAAUGUUUCAAGAGCCGCUGCACCCUGGACCUUACCUCCUGGACGUUCUCCCUUCCAUGUGCAGCAAUUGUGUGCGCCUCAACCCAGAUGUGGACACCCACGCUGCCUUUGUGAGCGACCACUUGGGUUUGCUGACGACCCUUGAGCAAAAUGCAACCGCGCCCAAUGGCCAACAAGGUACUACGGGGCGUGAUAUUAUUGAGGGAUGA